AUGAGGGGUCUUUUCGCUGCUGUUGUAUGCCUUUAUGUAGCCGUUGUAAUUGGAGGCUACGUCAAAAAGCAAGGGUACGGCCAAGGAGCUGUAGGACAACGUUACACCAACCACGGCAAGGCCGUCUUCGGAACACACGCUGGUAAACGUGUUUUCGGACGCUACGCCGGCGCUGCAAGUGGCUACCGCGCCGACGGUGCCCGUUACGCCGAUCGAUCGGGGCAAUACGCUCAGAGGACACACCACCACAACAACAACGCUAACGGUGCCGCCAGUCACUAUGCUCAAAAAGCUGCCCGGGUCGGCGACCACGCCCACAAUGCCGCAGCCCACAACAACUUCGCUGGUUACCACGGUAAAGAUCGGGCGGCGUUCAACCACAAGGACAACGGUGCCAAAUCCGCCGCCAGCUCCAAAUACAACAGGCAAGAUUAUUACAAGAAGGGGGACGUCUACGGCGACAACGUUCACUACGGCUUCGACAAGAAGUACAACAAGCACGCCAACGAUGACGGCGUAUACGUUAUCAACGACCACAGCGACCAGCACAGCCUGGACGACUACAGGGAUCACCACGACAAAGCCAACCGUCUCCUUGGCGACCACGCUCACAGCAACUACAAGUCCAACAACGCCUACGCUAAUAGGAACAGCAAAUAUGGACAUGGCGCUGCCAACAAACACUACAACGACGCGAAGUAUGGCGCCGACGCCGCUCACCAUUCCAAAUACGACGGGGCCAAAGCCGCCCACGACUCUAAGUAUGGCCGCAACGCCGGCAGCAGCAAAUACUACGACCAGGCCCACGAUUCUCACGCCAACAAAUACGACGAUUUUGCAGCACACAACGCUGCUUUCGGGAGAAAAUCCGCUGCCAAGAGUGCCGCACCAAACGGCGUUCAAUAUGGACACCGUCAGAAUGGCGGUUUCGGGCAACGACAGGGCUAUAAUGGCGGAGUCAGAAAUGGCGUUGCCGGACACGGCGGUGCCGCUUCCAGGUUCGACACCGCAGCCAAGCACGCCAACCACAGAGCAGGCAGGUACGGCCACAAACAGGCCGACCAUCUCAGAAACAAAGGGGCUGGAGCCUACAAUGAGCUGAGGUACCACAACGACCACGGCAAGAGACAACACGAGACCGGCGCCGGUGCCGCCCACAACAAAGGCUACCACCAUGCCGGCGCCGCCAGUGCGGCCGCACGGAAUGGUUUCAACUACAAGAACGCAGCUGCCAGAUCUCAUCACGGAAACACGGGUGCCAACCACAACCUGUACCAGGACCAACACGUCGCCAAUAACCUGAAGAGGGUGUACCACGACAAGGCCAGUAACCACAAGCUGUAUAAGAAGUUCCAUCACUCCAGCAACACCGGCGGCAACAAUUACGAGCGACUGCUGUACAACAGGAACAAGUACAACGAUCGCUUCGGCGGUCAGGCGCACGGGCAGAAUGCCGCGGCCAAGAGCGCUCACCGAAGCUUCAACCACGGUAGUCACGCGGCCAGCGCCCAUCAGAACGAUAAGGUUGCCCAGAACCACGCCAGGAACGCCUACAGGCACACCAACUACAGACAGGCCCAGGCUGGAAAGGCGGGCAGGAACGGCUACUACCACGCCAACCACAACUCGGCGGCGCGCCGCUUCAACCACAACAACGCCAGGGAUAACCACCAUGCGUCUGUGCACAAGCACGCGGCCAGUAAGCACGGUCUGGCGGACCUCGCUCAGCACCACUACAGUGGCAGGCACAAUGGCUACAACAACGGCAUUGCCGGCUCCCAGAUUCACGCUCACAGAGUAGCUCAUGGUGGUGCUUCCCGAGGAGUUGCUCCCAAUGGAUUUGCUUCCAGAGGAUUUGCUCCCAGUGGAUUUGUUUCCAGAGGAUUUGCUCCCAAUGGAUUUGCUUCCAGAGGAAUUGCUUCCAGAGGAGUUGCUCCCAAUGUAUUUGCUUCCAGAGGAGUUGCUCCCAGUGGAUUUGUUUCCAGAGGAGUUGCUCCCAAUGGAUUUGCUUCCAGAGGAAUUGCUCACAAUGGAUUUGCUUCCAGAGGAAUUGCUUCCAGAGGAUUUGCUCCCAAUGGAUUUGGCCCGAGAGGAUUUGCUUCUAGAGUUGUUGGUCAUGGAUUCAACAACCGUGGUGGAUUCCAAGGAAAUUCUGGUUACAGAUCUGGUUCAUAUUAA